AUGUCUGAUACUCAACAACAAAUUAGUCAAGAGAAUACUCAAGGUGGAGUAUCUCAAAAGUCUCAUCAAGAUGAUCAGAAAAAGACUGUUGAUACCGGUGACCAAAGACAGCAACAACAACAACAAAAGUCGUCUGCUCCUGUAGAGUCGCAAGGUCAAGUUGGUUCCAGUAGUAGAGACGAUCAGAAAGUCCCGGAAUCAUCGAAAACCUCUUCUGAUGUUUCGCCAACCGGUGAGCAAAGAUCAUCAUCCUCACCUUCCGAGGAGCAGCAGCAACAGCAGCAACAGCAGUAUCCACAUCGUCAAGAGCGUCAAGAAAGUCAAGAAGGAUCUGAUAUUGCCGUGGAGCGUCUGGAAGAAUCUGGAUCCGGUUACGAAGACUACCCAAGCAACAGCGGCAUCAGUGAUAUCAGCACCAUCAAGAAAAAGAACAAAACACAUGACAACAUUGGUGGUGCUUCCGGUGUAUUUAGUAACUUCUUCAAGAGAAAGAAUCCAGAUGAAAAGGUAUUCAUUGCUCAAAAGGAGAAACUUGACAAGAUGGCCAAGGAUAUCAAGAGUUCGAUCGAUUCUUUCACAUCGCAGUUUAAACACCAACAAAGUCAGAGUGAUAUCGUCGGCAACGAAUACCAGCUUCCAAGCUACUUUGAUUCGAUGGUAGAGCAACUCAGUGAUGUGCUCGACACCUACAGUGACAAGGAAAAGAUUCUCAAGAGACACAUCAGAGACAUUGAGAACAGAUCCACUGAGAGAUCCAAACACUGGAGAUUCUGGGCCAAUCUGAUCAGUCGUGAUCCAUCGUUGGUUGACAUGGUUAACACUAAUAACUUUUUAGAGAUAUCAUCUCAAUCUAUUUUUGAUUCACCAUUGGAUUUACAAGAACUUCGUGCUUUUGAAGAGCUUUUAACAAACACUCUCAACCCUGGAUUCAACAAUGAGAAUGUUGCCAAUGUCCUGAGCAUCCAAAAGAGAAUCCUUCCAAGAGAACAUGAAUCAACCCUUCGUAAUGCAUUGUAUCAAUCAAAGUCUUCAAAUAAGAUUGACUUUGUAAACUUUGAACAAAACUUUUCGGAAAAGAAUAUUUUGUAUAUGGAGAUGAAGAAUAUCGUCCAGUUUUGGCAGACAGAGAAAGAGGAGCAAUCAAAGAAACUGACCUCCAUUCUCUCGGACAUUAGCAAGAUGCACAACGAGAAGCAGAGCACUUGUCAAUCGCUGGCAGAGUCUAUCAACAACGAUACCGAUCUCAUCAGAAAGCACAACAUCCAGAUCAGGGAGCUCGCGGGUCAAAUCGAAAAGUUGAAGAAGGAAAUCUGGAAUCUCGAGGAACAAAUCUCGACCAACACCAAGAAGCUCGAGGAGCACAACAGAGACGAUCGUCCGGAGCUACAACUCCGUAAAGACUCUGACAUCAUCAGAUCCAGACACGAUACCGCACUCGGUGUUUACGAUCUCGUCGAGAAAUUCCAUCGUGGUUACGUCGUUGCUUUCUUCAACUACAAGAAACAAGUAUUGGAAUCGAUGGAAAAUAGAAUUCAAUAUUUGGAGAAGAUUAGAGAUGAAUGCAAUGAAAACAAUCAGAGAAUCGGCGAUGCCAAAGGAAUGGAUUUGGUGGUGGAAGCUGACAGACUCUUGGGUGUUGCCAAUAGAAUCUCGGAGGAUGAGAAUGUCGAUGAAACCAGAUUGGAUAACGACAAGAAGCGUAUCUCAAGUUUCAUUGAGUCGAUGGAACGUGACCACAAGAUCUCUUACUCUCAGAUCAAGAGAAGUCUUACAAGUGAUGUAGAACCAUCACAAUCUUCAACUUCAACCACAUCCACAUCUCAAAAAGAUGUUGGACAACAACAACAAUCUCAUCAACAACAGCAAUCACCAGUUGUCGAGGAACAACAACAAUUAAAUGUUCCGCAACAACAACAACCAUCACAACAGCAACAACAACAAGGUGGUGUUGAAUCCAGUGCUAUUGCUGCAUCUGACAAAGACAAAUCAUUUGAUGAAGUCAGAAAAGAAGAGAAAAAGAUGGUUCAACCAGUUGGUCCAGCUCAAUAG